UGUCUCUCUCCUCUGCUCUCUAGUCUCUCCUGUCGCUCUCCACUCUGGUCUCUCUCUCCGCGGUCUCGCCUGCAGAGGUCAUUCUGGCUCCGACUGACACUUGUUGCUGAAGCUUCGGGGCUCCGAUACUCGCCUCUCUUCGCUCCCUUCUCAUUUAUCACAACUGUUGGCUGGAGAUCGGCAGUCGGUCACAGCUCGCCAAGGGGAACACAUCCACAUCCAACUUUUUUUUUUUUUUUUUUAAAUUAAUUUGCUUAACUUUUCCCCCCCCCCCCUAACGAUAUACAGUUACGAGCAAAGCAAAGCAGGACGAUGGUUGAUAACACCACCAUAGCAACGAAAUCUUCUUUGCAGGCAGCCUUCUCUCCGGCCGGCGGCGGUCUCCCGCUGCUCGUCUCCCCGGCCUCCGUCCACAGCCACCCGUCCGGCGGCGGCAUGAAGCUCGAGGCGGUCAUGGAGAACCUGCAGCGGCAGCAGGCUGCGCGCCUCGCGCUCGAGGAGAAACUUCGGCAAGCCGAGAGGGAGAAGGACGCGCGCCUCCAGCAGCAAGCCACAGCCUUCCGCCACUACCCGCCGGUGGCGCAGAGCGCUUUCCCGCCGCCGGCGCUGGCCGAGCCGUACGCGGGCUCCGGCGGCGCUCAUCAUCGCGCGCAGCACGCGGCCCGGAGGCGGCCGUCGCGCGGCUCUGAUGCGGACGAGGAGCCGGAGCGCGAGCGCGACGCGGAGGACGACGAGCGGGAUAUAGAAGAAGACGAGCUGGAAGACGCGCGGCGGGCGGCUGCUGAGAGCCCGUAUUGCAAGCCGGCCGCUCAGGCGGCGGCGGAGCAGAGGAAGAGCGCGGCGCAGGGGCUGUCCCGGGGCGGCCAGCUGACGUAUCCCGCGGCGGGGCGCUGCGAGUCUCCGGCAGGGGGGGCGUCCCACGGCCAGCAGCCGCAGCACGAGUGGACGUACGAGGAGCAGUUCAAACAGUUGUAUGAGCUGGAUGAUGACGAGAAACGAAAGGAGUUCCUUGAUGACCUCUUCAGUUUUAUGCAGAAGAGAGGGACCCCCGUGAAUCGUAUUCCUAUCAUGGCCAAACAGGUGCUGGAUCUCUACACUCUGUACAAGCUCGUCACAGAGAAAGGCGGCUUGGUGGAAGUCAUCAAUAAGAAGAUAUGGCGCGAGAUUACCAAAGGUCUAAACCUCCCUACCUCUAUCACCAGUGCAGCUUUCACUCUCAGAACACAGUAUAUGAAGUACCUCUAUCCCUACGAAUGUGAAAAGCGAGGGCUGAGCUCCCCCGGGGAGCUCCAGGCAGCUAUCGACAGUAAUCGGAGGGAGGGGCGCAGACAGAGCUAUGGCUCUGCUGUCUUCAGCUACUCCCCUGUGAACACGCCUGCUGCUCUCUCGUCGCCCAAGAUCCAGAUCCCCCACAUGGGCGUGACAAACCCCAGCGUUGCCCAGUUCACUCACGGCCUCUCUGUCAAGAAAGAGGACCCGGGGCUCUCCAGCAGCAUGCCAAGCCGACUCACCAUUCCUGCUUCGCUAGCUGGGGGGCAUCACACAGCAGCUGCCCACGCCGUGGCUGCGCAAGCGGCAGCAGCACAGGCUGUGGCUGCACAGGCAUCGGCUCUAGAGCAGCUACGGGAGAAGCUUGUAUCUGGUGAACCUCCAGAGAAGAAGAUCAUGCUGAUGGCUGAGGAGCAGCAGAGGAUCAUGCAGCAGGCUCUCCAUCAGAACCUCUUUGCCAUGGCAACGCAGCUACCCAUCAACAUGAAGGUCAACAGCAGAGAUGAUAGACAAGAGACUGCAUUGAACCUGUCUACCAACUGCAUUAGCAGCAUCAACAUGUCAAUAGAAAUAAAUGGAGUUGUCUACACAGGUGUCCUCUUUGCCCGGAAGUCGGCCAUUCCGGUGAUGCCAGGAAGCAACGGAGGCAGCCUCAAGGGCUCACAGGGGAAGUCCAGUCCUGGACUACCCACCCACAUCCAGCCUUCUUCCUCCUCCUCCUCCUCCUCCUCUUCCUCCUCGCUCUCCUCUUCAUCCUCUGUGGCCCUUGGACACACUUCCAGCAGUUCGCCCUGAGCUGGGUGGAAAGUGGCAAGAACUUUGCCUUGCAGUUUCUUCUCCUUUUUCUCCUUCUCAAACCCAUCGAUGAAUCUGCAAAUGAAAGACAGAGACUUUUAAAGAUUUUUUUUUUUUUUUACCCCCACCCUCUCCUGAGUUCCUAGGGCAAAUGGGUGAAGUAGUGAAAUGGUUACAUUUGCAGUGGGGGUUAACAAAAGAAAAUGGUUAUGUUAAAUCAAUUAUUAUAUCACUGAUUGGACAGCCUUAAACAAGUGCUAAUACAAUAGCCACAAAGAGCUGCAGGGAGGGACAAUCUCACGGCAGGUAAAAGGAACUAUUGAUUCCGUUCCUUUCCUUGGCAGAAGAUGGGGUUAGCUAUGUUUAGGUCCUGCAGAUGCUAUUGUUCGGCACAUUAUAUUUCAUUGGCUGUGUUACUGCUGUCAGUGCGAGUGUACAUUUGUCACUAUAUAUUUCGGUAGCUUACAGACCUCUGGUCCUGACACAGGCUGGAGGAGGUAUCAUUUUUCAGCUAGUACCAAAGAACAAAUUCAUCAUUCAUAUUGUGUGUUCAGUAAGACUGCAAAAAAGUAUUGAAUUUAUUAACAGAUGCAUGUUUUAAAAGCAAGAGAUUUUUUUUUUUUUUCCCCUGAAUCAAAGCACAAAAUGCAGAAAGGGGGCAGUAGUAUUCAAAGCACAUUUUUUCAGAGCCGUUUCUCAAGAGAAGUCUUUGAUGAAACCGCGGCUGUGGUGAAAGCUUUUCACUGACAUAUCUGUUUUGCCCUCUCUUUCUGUCACUGCGACAGUGGAGCGCAGUGGUUCUCAACCCUGGUUUGAAUGCUUCCUAUUCUAAACUCUUAAUAAACUACGCUAGAUGAGGCUGUUACAAAAUAGUGAUAUCACUAACAGCUGUUACAAUGCCCUCGAAAACUGACAGCUGCGUUUAUGCAAAAAUGUUCUAACUUCAUUUCUGCCCUUUAAACAAAGUUUAAUUCAGCUUUACAUAUAGUGCAUAAUUAUGCUCUAUAAUUAGUUCUAUGGGACUAUAAAUGAUUCAUUAUGAUUAGGGGAAAAGUCAUUUAACUAAUAAUGAGCAAAAGGAAAGAAAAACAUUUUAUUGCUUUUAUAACAACAGUAGAAACACACCAAAGUCCUUGAGAAAGACUCACCAAGAUGUCAAAUAUGCCAGAUUUGUUCGAAUAUCACCGACUCAAUCGAGCCUAGUUUAAUUAAGAGUUCAGCUGGAACAAAGUAUAAUGCACACGGAGCAGGUGGCUGAAACAUGGUUGAGAAUCAGUUUAGUGCACAAAUAUAAAUCUUAAAUAUUUAAAGAGAAACAGUUUUAGGUAUAAAGUAAAAUGUGCGCCACAAGCAACAGUGAAAAUGGCUAGUUAACCAGCCUUGUGAAGCAGGCAAGGUUAUUGCAGACAAUCUGUUAUCAAUUUAAAGGAAGCUGGGGAGUUUGAUUACUGCAUUUCAAGUCAGAUUAAAAAGGAAGCGCAUCAAGCUCUACGUUUAAUAAUCACAAUUGUGGGGACUAGGUCAAUAUGCAGUGACUUUAAUCACAGUAUAAUCAGUAGUGAUAAAGGCUUGGAAUUAUGUUGUAUUCCUACGACGACAACAGAAAAAAAAAAAAAACGAAAAAAAAUCAAACUUGAUUUUCUUUAACUUUAUUUGCUUAAUUGGCCUUGCUAAUCCUAUAGUUUAAGUCAACUAUUUUUAUUCUUAUA